UCUCCUCCUUCCUGAGGAGGCGGGGAGGAGGAGGAGCAGCUCCAGCAGCCGGGUGGUGUCAGCCCUAAAAGCCGGGGCAGAGCAGCAGAGGCAGGCUGACAGGGACACAUUUCACCGCACCAAUCCAGCAGACCACAGGUCGUCAGCAUGUCUACGAAGGUGAGCGCCGAGGAGCUGGAGGAGAUCAGGGAGAGCUUCCAGAAAGUGGAUGUGGACGGUAGCGGCUACAUCUGCGCCUCUGAGCUGGGCGACCUGUUCCGGGAGGUGGGCUGUCCGAUGCCUGGGUACCAGAUCCGGGAGCUGCUAGAGAAACUGGACCGGGACAAAGACAGCAAGAUCAACUUUGAGGAGUUCACGUCUAUCUUCCAGGAGAUGAAGGACGACCGCAUGGCUCAGGGUUUCAGGAAAGCUCUCAGCAAGAAAGAAGGCGUUGUAGCCAUCAAAGGCACCAGUGAAAUCUCCAGUGAGGGAACCCAGCACUCCAUCUCUGAGCAGGAGCGCUUCGCCUUCGCCAACUACAUCAACUCAGCUUUGAAGGAGGACCCAGACUGUAAACACAUUCUGCCCAUUGACCCAAACACCAGUCAUCUGUUCAAAGCCGUGUCAGACGGCAUCAUACUCUGUAAACUCAUCAACCUGUCCGUUCCUGACACCAUCGAUGAGAGGACGAUUAACAAGAAGAAGCUUACCCCUUUCACCACCCAGGAAAACCUGAACCUGGCUCUGAACUCCGCUUCAGCCAUCGGGUGCCAAGUCGUCAACAUCGGCGCCCAGGACCUGAAGGAGGGGAAGCCUCACCUGGUGCUGGGUCUCCUCUGGCAGAUCAUCAAGAUCGGACUGUUUGCAGAUAUACAGCUGAGCCGCAACGAAGUCCUGGCGGCGCUGCUGGAGGAGGGGGAGACUCUGGAGGACCUGAUGAAACUCAGCCCUGAAGAGCUGCUGCUGCGGUGGGCCAACUUCCAUCUGAGGAAGGCUGGCAUGACCAUCUCCAACUUUUCUGGAGAUAUUAAGGACUCUAAGGCGUAUUUCCACUUGCUGGAGCAGAUCGCUCCAGAUGGCACCAAGGAGGACGUUCCUCGGGUUGAGAUCGACAUGACUGGUCUCUAUGAGAAAGACCUUCGGAAGAGAGCCGACUGUCUGCUGAAACAGGCCGACCUGUUAGGAUGUCGUCAGUUUGUGACCGCCACCGAUAUUGUGACAGGAAACGCCAAACUCAACCUGGCCUUCGUGGCCACACUCUUCACCAAACACCCGGCCCUCACCAAACCCGAAAACCAGGACUGGAAUCUUGAGAGUGAGACCAGAGAGGAGAGAACUUUCCGGAACUGGAUGAACUCGCUAGGAGUCAGUCCACAUGUUCACUACGUCUACGGAGAUCUACAGGACGCCAUGGUGAUUCUGCAGUUGUAUGAAAAGAUCAAAGUACCGGUGGACUGGGGCAACAGAGUCAACCUUCCUCCUUUCAAGGGAGUAGGAGGAGGUCGCAUAAAGAAGAUUGAAAACUGUAACUACGCUGUGGAGCUGGGAAAACAGAAAGCCGGAUUUUCCCUGGUGGGGAUCGGAGGUCAAGACCUGAAUGAGGGAAACGAGACUCUCACCCUGGCGUUGGUGUGGCAGCUGAUGAGGAGGUACACUUUAAACAUCCUGGAGGACCUCGGAGACGGAGAGGUGGCUGGAGAAGAUCUGAUCAUCUCGUGGGUCAACAAGACUUUGAAGGAAGCCGGCAAGAGUUCCUCCAUCAAAAGCUUUAAGGACAAAUCUAUCAGCACCAGCCUUCCAGCUCUGGACCUGAUUGAUGCCAUCCAGCCUCAGAGCGUGAACUAUGACCUGGUGAAGAGAGAGAGUCUGUCCGACGAGGACAAGCUGGACAACGCCAAGUAUGCCAUCUCCAUGGCAAGGAAGAUUGGCGCCAAAGUCUACGCCCUGCCUGAGGACUUGGUAGAAGUCAACCCCAAAAUGGUGAUGACCAUCUUUGCCUGCCUGAUGGGGCGGGGCAUGAAGAAGGCCUAAGGAGCAGCGUGGACACACCUACCCACCCUGAUUGACACACACACACACAAGGACUGUCUAAUCCUGCUGAGAUAUCUGAUUUGUUUUAGUUUAGACAUUUUUUUUUCCUGUGCUCUCUGACUUUUAAGAGAAACAUCAUCCAAAAGCUGAGAUGUGAGCAGCAAUAAUAAAAAAAUAAUCAAGUUCACAAUCAUUCAAAUAUUUAGGGUUACAUCUAACUUGGAGUAAAAAUUAGAGAUCACUGAUGGGACCACAUGCUCACCUGUAGAGGAAAUAGUGUGUUAGCUCCUGUGACAGAUGUUAUGGCUCUGUGUAAUUUCAUGUUUUCUGUAUGUCACUGCUUUCUCAGCUCUGCUGUUUGGCAUCCUGCUCACAUUUAUCAAAAUAAGCCAUAAAAAUCCUCACAGAUGCCUUGAAUUGUGGCCUAGUUAGAUUAUAGAAGGUCUGUACAGUGGAUGUCGUUUAUCAGGACUGAGACUGAAUAUAUCCAAAAAAUAUUAUGUUCUAGAAAGAAGGCAAAAAAUUCAUGAAACCUGGGUAUAAAUAUUUCUUUCCAACUUUUUCUAACCUUAAUAAUAUUAAAGUAGUUAUUUCAUCACACUAGUUUGCUGUUUUCUUGUAGUUUUCACAAUCAAAUUGUGAACAAAUGCUGAAGCUCAAUGUGUUUUUCCUCUCCACCGUCGCUGCAUGCAUGCUCGGUGUGAGGGAUUGCUGCAGAGUCAUCCACACUAUGCAAGCGACUUUAAUGUCUUCACAUGUUAAUCCAGAAGGAGCGAAUCCUGAGAAGUCAGUGCCUUGAUGCAGUCAAGGAAAACUUCAAACCAAUCUGGCUGGAGGAGCUGAUUGUCUCUCUAAAGUGCCUUGAGAUGACAUGCUGUGAAUUGGGGCAGUAGAAAUACUUCCGAAUUGUAACUGAAUUUAGUUUUGCUGCUUUUUCACACAUUCCUCUGCAUCUGUAAUGUUUUAAAACUCAUCUGUCAAACAAGUCAUUCACGUUUCUGCUUUCCAAUCAUUUCAGUCCAGUUCAAGCUGGCUGAAAACACUCUGUGUACGAUCAUAUCUCUUGUUUUAAAUAAAUAUGUUUUUUCAUUGGU